AUGAAAGAAGAAGAGAGUGUUGAAGAUUCGAAGCCCACUAAGUGGCCUCUCUUCAUUGAAGAGAAGACUCGAAAUCUGGCCUUGAAGGAGGAGCCAGAUCUCCCGCUGUCAGAGCAAGUCAAAUCCUCAAGAAAGCUGUCCGGACCGACCGACAAAUGUACCCAUCCUCCAGGCGCUACCCCAGCAACCUCCGUGACGAAGCCCGGAGCGAGCAUUCCACGCCCCUCGCCUAUCUCGGGUGAUAAAACGGCGGAGAUCUUCGUCCUCCUGAAGUCCAUGCAGAAGACCCAGAGACUCAUGGCCCAGAGAAUCGAAACCCUCACUCGAGAAGUCUCUACCAUGAAGCGACAAGUCGACACCCUCACCGCCAAGGGCACCCAAACCCUCAUCGACCUGGACGAGUGGAUGACGAACCGGCCCAAGAUCGUCUGGCAGCAGACGUCGAUGCACGACUUUUUCGAACCGCCCCCCCCUCGGCCGCUUCCCCCCAUAUUCUCAGCCUUCUCGGCCGCUUCGACACAAGCUUCGGCAGCUCCCCCCAAGCAGAGCCAGAAGUCUGAGCCUUUGAUCCUGCCUCAGCGUCCCCUGCCGGCGCAACCCGUGAGGAGGGAAGUUCCUCAACCUGCUCGUCCCAUGGCAACGAAGACCAUUUCGAAGAGGCGGCCUAGUAAAAUUGCAAGACCUGGGCCGCCACAAACCAACACGGAGAAUCAAGCCAACGCUGGGAGUGCCCCCCGUGGGUAG